CCUCGCGAUAUUGUUUGAACAAGCGAUGGAUGACGCUUAAUGUUCAUGUUGUAGUUAUUCUUACAAGAUAAUUAGGCACACUGUGCAGAGGCGCACGGAGGUUUGUGUUUAAAAAAAAUGUUACAUUUAAUACUAAUCUAUAAUGCAUAGCUAUUGAUGUAUGCAUGUUGUGAAGAUCUAUUGUGGUUUCCGUGCUCAGGUCACUGACAGUGAUGCUCGUCUGUGUUUGUUCUGUCGUUCCAAAAAGUAGCUUGAUGAGUGUCCAAAGUAACAGUGGAAGUGGUGGAAGUUUAGAGGGGCCGCCAUCUUGGUCCCAGCUCACCACGUCCCCAACACCGGGGCUGAAUUCUCAGCAACACAGUGCAGCGCAGGCGAAGGCGAAGGAAGGAGGUAUGGAUGAGCUCCACAGUCUGGAUCCUCGUCGUCAGGAGCUUUUGGAGGCUCGCUUCAUGGGGGGCGUAGGGGGCAGCACUGGGGGCAGCACGACCGGCAGCACCAGCAAAGGAAUGACCAACAAUGAAUGUUCAAAUCACAGUUUCGGAAGCCUGGGGUCCUCCAGUGACAAAGAGUCUGAGGGUUCUGAUGUGAAGAGGGGAAGCUCUCCAGCAUAUUCAACCCCUGAGAAGAAGCAGUCGGAGUCAUCCCGAGGGAGGAAGAGGAAGGCUGAGCACCAAUCAGAGAGCAGCCAAGGCAAGACGACUGUGCGCGGACCCAAGAUUAGCGACUACUUCGAUUUCCAGGGUGGUAAUGGUUCUAGUCCGGUGAGGGGACUUCCUCCAGUGUUGCGCUCCCCCCAAAACUCACAUUCCCACUCCGCACCCGCCUCCACGAUACGGAACAGCAGCUCCUCCCCUACUAGUCUUUCCUUCGACCACGUCAUGCACCCCAAACAGACAGCCAUCAAGUCUGUCCAGACGGAGCUGACGGGGCUGAAGCUGGCGGCUCUGGAGAGCAACAAGAGUUUGGACCUGGAGAAGAAGGAGGGCAGGAUAGACGACCUGCUGAGGGCGAACUGCGAUCUCAGGAGACAAAUAGACGAACAACAGAAACUACUUGAAAAGUACAAGGAGAGGUUGAAUAAGUGCAUCACCAUGAGCAAGAAGCUGCUCAUCGAGAAGAGCACCCAGGAGAAGCAGGCGUGUCGGGAGAAGAGCAUGCAGGAUCGGCUGCGUCUGGGCCAGUUCACCACCCUGAGACACGGAGCCUCCUACACGGAGCAGUGGACAGACGGAUACGCAUUUCAAAACCUCGUCAAGCAACAAGAAAACAUCAACCAGCAGCGUGAGGACAUCGAGCGGCAGCGUAAGCUACUGGCCAAGCGCAAGCCCCCGUCGUCCUCGGCGACCAGUGCCCAGAGCCCCACGCCUAGCAACGAGCCCAAGCAGCGCAAAGCCAAAGCCCUGAACGGAGCCGACAACGACCCCUUCCUAAAACCCAGCCUCCCUCAGCUGCUGACGAUAGCAGAGUACCAUGAGCAGGAGGAGAUCUUCAAGCUGAGACUUGGACAUCUCAAAAAGGAGGAGGCUGAGAUCCAGGCGGAGUUGGAGCGUCUGGAGAGGGUUCGGAACCUCCACAUCCGAGAGCUGAAGAGGAUAAACAACGAGGACAGCUCACAGUUCAAGGACCACCCGACUCUGAACGAGAGAUACCUGCUCUUACACCUGCUGGGCCGGGGAGGCUUCAGUGAAGUUUACAAGGCGUUUGACCUGUUUGAGCAACGCUACGCCGCUGUGAAAAUCCAUCAGCUCAACAAGAACUGGAGGGAAGAGAAGAAGGAAAACUACCACAAACACGCGUGUCGAGAGUAUCGAAUCCAUAAGCAGCUGGACCAUCCCAGAAUAGUCAAGCUGUACGACUACUUCUCUUUGGAUACAGACACGUUCUGUACAGUUCUGGAAUACUGUGAAGGCAACGACCUGGACUUCUACUUGAAGCAGCACAAGCUGAUGAGUGAGAAAGAGGCUCGCUCUAUUGUCAUGCAGAUAGUCAACGCCCUGCGAUACCUGAACGAAAUCAAACCCCCCAUCAUACACUACGACCUCAAACCAGGUAACAUCCUGCUGGUGGAUGGCACAGCGUGUGGAGAGAUCAAGAUAACGGACUUCGGCCUCUCCAAGAUCAUGGAUGAAGACACCUACGGAGUGGACGGCAUGGACCUCACAUCACAAGGAGCCGGCACCUACUGGUACCUCCCUCCUGAGUGUUUUGUGGUGGGUAAGGAGCCUCCUAAGAUUUCAAACAAGGUGGACGUCUGGUCUGUGGGGGUCAUCUUUUUCCAGUGCCUCUACGGGAGAAAGCCGUUUGGCCAUAACCAGUCCCAGCAGGAUAUCCUUCAGGAGAACACCAUCCUCAAGGCCACAGACGUGCAGUUCCCCGUCAAACCCGUAGCCAGCAACGAGGCCAAGGCGUUUAUCCGGCGGUGCUUGGCGUAUAAGAAGGAGGAGCGUAGUGACGUGCAUCAGCUGGGUAGUGACUCCUACCUGCUGCCCCACAUGCGGCGCUCCAGCUCCUCUGGCACUCUGCAGCCGGCGGCCGCCUCCAGCCCCAUCCCCUCCGCCGUGUCCAGCCCUGCCUCCUCCAGCGUCAUCUCCUAUUGACCAAAGAUUCUAGAACCCCAGACCAGCCCUAGCGUUCUAGAAUCUUUGCUGUGGAGCAUCGUCUCCUAUUGACCAAAGGUUCUAGAGCCACAGACCAGCGUAGCAUUCUAGAAUCUUGGCUAUUGAGCACCUGGCCUGAACUGCACUGAGCCUGCACAUCUACAAUAUCCACGACUACACAGCCCCACCAUCUGCACCCAUCAUCCCCACGGUGGGAGGGAAACAGAUCAGAGACGUUAUGAAUGAAAGGGGGGGGUAUGAGCCUGUACACCACCACAACCACCUGUUUCUGAUGAGGGUCAUGAACUUUGACCUUCCACCACCUCUUUUUUUUAUUAUUUCUCCCCCCUUCCCCCUCAUUAUUGAGGUUCAAAUGGACAAUGCAAAGGAAAGAGGCUGGGGUGGAGGGUUGGGGUGGAGGAGUGAGCCCGUACUCCACAACGCCCAGCCCAACACCGAAACCAGAGAGAAUACGUGAAGAGGAUCUUACCACCAUGUGCUGAAACGGCCAAAACAAGACAAGGCCUUCCAUCACCUCCACCUUGCCUAUGAGAGACAAUGUAAAAGCAAGGGGGAUGGGGAUGGGGAUGGGUGUGUGGGUUGAGUUUGGAUUCGGAGAGGGGGACAGCGUGCGGAAGAUUGCACCACUUUCAGAGGGAAGAGGAGGAGGUGCAGGAGCGGCUGCAGUGCAGUGGUGUUGUUGUAUGGAGACCCGGCAGCGUGUGAAAUGAAGAUCCAUGAUGGCCCGAUGAGGGGAGUUAGAAGAAGAAGGAGAAAGUAGUGAGAGAUGAGAUGGACACUUAAGCAACACGGGCGCCUCAGCUGCAGCCUGGCAUGCAGACAUUCUGAGAACUGUGUACAAGAAUGAGAAGAGGAGAGCAGGAGAAAUGGUUAGCUAUGACAUUUUAAAAGAAGAGAAGAAAUGGUGUGUGACGUUCAUAUUAUGUCGACCAGCUCAAUCAAUUCUGAAAGUUUCCUUUGUUUCGGACAUGUAAAAGUUUUAUAUUUUUCAGAUAAAACCUUAAAGGGGUAUGCCACUAUUUUGGGGCUUAAUACAGUUAAA